UUUGGCGUAGCUAUUUUGGCUCAGUGUGUUGUCGCAGGUCCUUGCGCUAACAACAAUGAAGGGCCCAGCCGCGGCGAUGUUCGCUCUGGCCAUUGCUGCUGCGGUGAUGCCGUGCAGCGCUCGCAUGGGCACGGAGGCGAGCUGCAAGGAACAGAGCCGAUUCGACGUCAUCAUGUGCAGCUCGUGGAUGUGCACGGAAUGUGACCUGCAGUGGUGCAUGGAGAAGUGCCAGGAGGUCCAGACCAAGUUCGCCACAUGCGCGUGCGAAGGUUGGGCGGCGGGCACUACCUACAGCCAGAACAUGAAGCACGCGGGCAAGUUCGGGGACGUGGGCGAGUAUGGCGCGGGAGAGUUCAGCUGAGCGCUUAGGGAUGCCAGCACACCGUCGCCAUCGCACACAGGAGCUCGAAUUGGCCACUGCCCGCCCUCAUCCAUCUUCGCCAUUCAGCUUCUCAUCUUUCUCAUGCUGUGUGACACCGUCCAUUGUUCAUGGCUGCGCUUCUCUAGCGCACCGUGUCAUCAGCGAGGGCAGUGUGAGUGGCGGUGCACGGCCCGCCCUUGCUGCACUCCUGCUCCUAUCUCCGUCACGUGCUACGGUCCUCGUUAUCGUGGCAACCGACGUGGGUGCCCCCGACUCGUAGAGCAAGUUUUAUCCUCUCGCGAUAACGGCCGUUAUGCCAGGGGGGGGAGGUGGCCAGAGUUAUUGAAACUCCCAUCGCCGAUGGUGGCACCCGCGCCUCAAGGGUUCUAGACUCCGACCUGGCGUGGACUGCGCUUCUCGGUGGCCCACAAAAAAGGGUGGGGUCAGAGGGGGUGUCCUCGAGGGCAUGGCGCGCCCACGGCCUCUUCUGAUAGGCCUUUUUGCCUUCACAGGAUCGACGCAG